AUGGACCAAGGGAACCUCACGUGGAUUUCAGAAUUCGUCUUCCUGGGACUCUCACAGACUCCAGAGAUGCAGCUUUUCCUGUUUCUGGUGUUCCUGUCUGUUUACACAACUACUGUGGUGGGAAACAUCCUCAUCAUGGUGGCAGUGACCUCAGACUCCCGGCUCCACACACCCAUGUACUUCCUGCUCCGAAACCUGGCUGUUAUAGACCUCUGUUUCUCCUCUGUCACGGCCCCAAAGAUGUUGGUGGACUUCCUAUCUGAGAAGAAGACCAUCUCCUACCAGGGCUGCAUGACCCAGAUUUUCUUCUUCCACUUUCUGGGGGGUUCCAUGGUCUUCUUCCUCUCAGUGAUGGCCUAUGACCGCCUGGUGGCCAUCUCUCGGCCCCUGCACUAUGUCACCAUCAUGAACACUCAGCUUUGUAUGGGGCUGGUGCUGGCUGGCUGGGUGGGAGGUUUUGUUCAUUCCAUAACCCAGUUGGCUCUGUUGCUCCCUCUGCCUUUCUGUGGCCCCAACACCCUGGAUAACUUCUACUGUGAUGUGCCUCAAGUGCUGAGACUUGCCUGCACAGACACUUCUGUCUUGGAGUUCCUUAUCAUUUCCAACAGUGGGAUGCUGGAUGUCAUCUGGUUCAUUCUUCUCCUGAUUUCCUACUCGGUCAUUCUAGUGUUGCUGAGGUCCCACUCAGAGCAGGCGAGAAAGAAGGCAGCUUCGACGUGUACCUCCCACAUCAUUGUGGUGUCUAUGAUCUUCAUUCCAAGUAUUUACCUUUAUGCCCGGCCUUUUACCCCUUUUGCCAUGGACAAAGCUGUGUCUAUCAGUCAUACAGUCAUGACCCCCAUGCUCAAUCCCAUGAUCUAUACCCUGAGGAACCAGGAGAUGCAGGCAGCAGUGAAGAGGUUAGGGAGGCGUUGUUUGGUUCGUAAGAGGGAGUGA